CGUUUAUCGAAGAAUGGUCCAGAUGGCGACAGUAUAGUGAAAAAUUGAAGGUGAAAAUCAGUGAUGGAGUGAUUUCGGAUUCGAACGCACAUAGUAAUUUAAAAGAAUUUCCGGUAACUAGAUGGCUGCGUCGUUUAUCGUCAUAACUUUUUUUGCGUUUUUGUUAGAAUUAUGUUCUUCAGCAGUGCCUCUUUCUUCUGUUAAUAGAGGAUACAACUCGCCAUUUUACGAUGAAGUAAGACAGCUGUUGGAAUUGAACGAUGCACUUCACCAGCAGGGAAAUUUAAAAAAACGUUAUGAAAUGGAAAAGUCUUAUAAGAAAGACACCCCGAAGGCUGUUAAAAAUUGGCCUGACUCCCAGUUAAAACUAGGGCAGGUGUCUGGGGUUGCUGUUAAUUCUAAAAAUCAACCCGUCAUUUUCCACCGCGCUGACAGGAUAUGGGGAGAAUUCACUUUCAACGAUUCGAACCACUAUCAACAAAUUAAUUUGGGUCCAAUAAAAGAAAACACCAUUUUAACAUUACACCCUACUACUGGAAAGGUCAUAGCGCAAUGGGGUGCAAACAUGUUUUACAUGCCCCAUGGUAUCAGCUUUGAUAGACAUGACAAUACUUGGGUAACCGACGUUGCAUUACAUCAGGUAUUUAAAUUUCGUCCUGGAGAAUCAGAGCCUGUACUUACAUUUGGGCAACGUUUCGAGCCAGGUUCUGAUUUACGUCAUCUUUGUAAACCGACACAUGCCGCUAUAGCUUCAACUGGUGAAGUAUUUAUUGCUGAUGGCUACUGUAACAGUCGAAUAUUAAAAUUUAAUGCAGCUGGAGGAUUACUGAAAGUCAUACCAAAUCCACCAGAGUUUCUGUCGCUGGUUGUCCCACAUGCAUUGGCUUUGAUCGAGUCUCUAGACCUUAUUUGUGUGGCUGACAGGGAGAACAUGAGGGUUGUUUGCCCCCGGGCGGGAUUGUAUAACAUCAGAGAUAGUGACAAGCAGGCUUUGACAAUUCAGCAACCUGAUAUGGGCAGAGUUUUUGGAGUUGCUUCAAGGGAUAAACAACUUCCAGAGUUUCUGUCGCUGGUUGUCCCACAUGCAUUGGCUUUGAUCGAGUCUCUAGACCUUAUUUGUGUGGCUGACAGGGAGAACAUGAGGGUUGUUUGCCCCCGGGCGGGAUUGUAUAACAUCAGAGAUAGUGACAAGCAGGCUUUGACAAUUCAGCAACCUGAUAUGGGCAGAGUUUUUGGAGUUGCUUCAAGGGGUGAAAUAGUUUAUGCAGUAAAUGGGCCUACAUCGCCUUUCUUACCUGUAAGAGGCUUGACCAUCGAUCCCAAGAGCGAAGCCGUUAUAGAUCAUUGGGCACCGGAAGAGGGAGUACUUUUGAUCCAGUGA